UAUGAAUCUGUAAUUCAUAUUACUAAUUAUUAAAUAUUUUAAAAAGAUAAGUUAUGAUAGGUACACAUUACAAUUUAAUAGUACAAUUAAAAGCGCUAAGUUUGCUUCGAUGUGCAACUACUGGAACUUCAGCAGUUAGUUUUCGCAAUCUAAUUAAAAAGCCCCUAACUGAGCGAAGUACAAAAACUGUAUUAUUUUGACUUCCUGUUUACCAAAUAGCAAUCAUACUAUACAUAAUGAGUCGUUAUUCUACUACUUACACUUCAAGUUAUCGUCCCUUUGACGAAGAUAGACGAAUUAAUCUAAUUAAUAAAUGUAUUGCGCCCCCUCCACCUUCCGCUACCACGCUAUCAUUAAAUUCACAUCAAAGCGUGAACAGCACCGGUCUGCCACAUGGAUCUCAAGCGUGGGCGUGUGAUCCCAAUCAUUAUCCAACAACCAGUACAAAUUACACCCACGCAUCCACACAUUUUCCAUCUAACAAUAAUCGUUUGUUAAAUAACAGCACAACAAAUAAAACAGCUAAUAGUCUAGGGGGUUUACGUCGUUUCAUGUGGGAUGAUUUUGAAACACCAAUCAGCGAUAAACAAAGAUCAAAACUAAUGGAAUUGUAUACUUCUGAUUUACCGGUUAGUAGUUUGUCUUUGAAAACCAAUGGCAUUGCAAAAGAUGAUAACACCAAUACACUUGGUAAACGUAAUUUUAGUAGUACAUAUACUACUGUUGUGUCUGAUAAAUUAAAUCCAUGUUCAGUGAUUGCCGCUGCUGCAGCUUACGAGAAUAACUGUGAUAAGCAAAACACAUCUACUGCAACAACAAGCACUUCACAAUUAACCCAAGGCAAUUCAAGUUAUUGUACAUCAAGAUCAAGAACACUGUCAACUGUUUCACCCCUGUUCAAUCCUCCAGAUAAAUCACAAAAGAAUUGUGACAUACUUGCCAAAUCGGGAACAAAUUCCACUGGUGGAAAUCGUAAUAUUACUGUCUCGCCAGUUUUACCUUACAGCAGUCCUUGUCAAAUAGAUUUUACACAAAUGUUUAGUCAAAUUGCACGCAUCAAUAAUCACUUAUUUCUUAGCAGUUUAAACGCCAUCACACCUGAGAGAUUACGUCAACAUGGCAUCACCCUGCUGGUAUCUGCUAUGAUUGACUCACCACCAUCUCACAUUCGUAAUGCUGUAAUAAAUACAAUUCAUGUCCCGGUGGAAGAUGUGGAGACCGCAAAUCUGCGUGUUCAUUUCGACAGAGUGUCUGAUCGUAUAGCUGCUGAAAGUCGUCGUGGUGGCAAAACAUUGGUACAUUGUAUGGCAGGUGUUUCGCGUUCCAGUACGCUUAUACUGGCUUAUUUAAUGCGUCAUACAAAUAUGAGUCUUGCUGAUGCCUACCAGCAUGUUCGUAGUAUCAGACCCUGUAUUCAACCAAAUCCUGGAUUUUGGCGACAGUUAUUAGAAUAUGAGGAAAAACUACGUGGUAGUCGAUCAGUUCGCCUACUUCCAUCUGUCAGUUACAGUGGCACAUCAAAUAUAAAUCAUGGAACGAAUAGAUUAUUUUAUUCCAGUCAUCCGCGGAACAUUUCUAGUCCGUCCUAUUCUGAUAUGUUCACUAGGACAAGUGGAGAUAUACUACCAAAUAGAUCAUUCACCUCAUUGUAUCCUUUAGACACAAUUGGUCUUCGUCAGCCUCUUGGCUAAAAAAAUAGAAUAUGUGAUAUUUAUAGUACCAAAGCAUUUUGUUUUAGAUUGAAAAAAUCUACGUGUUUGUCAGACAAAAUACUUCAGAUUAAUGUUAUUAUUACUAUUACUCCAGCUAAACAACUUUAUUUUUGUUUUAAAAAGAAAAAAAUAACCAAUAAACAGAGAUUUCUAAUCAGUGUGGAAUUGGACAUAUAUGCAUAAAAUUACAGUAGUGGUGUUUUCGUGAGUUUUUUGUUUGUUCAUCGUACUACAUCUAAUGCUAAAUGCACGUACGCAUUAAUAUAUAUAUACCACUUUCUUUUGCUGUUAUUGCUAUCAUUGUAGUUAUUAAUAUUGUCUCUACUAUCAUCAUUAUUUUACACGAACAAUUUGAAACAAAGGGGGUUUGUUUUCUUCUGACGCAUAUAAUUUUUGUUUCUUUCUUGAAGAUUUACUCAUAUACUACAGAGAAGCUGAUUUCAUUCUUUUGAUAUUUGCCUUGUUCUUAUAUUUCCAGUACUGUAGUGUUGUGACUGUGUCCAUAUACACACACAUAAAUGUGUGUAUAUGCUUACUAAUUUAUGUAGAUAUAUUAUUUUCUGGAUAACAGAUGAAAAUCACUAGCUUAAUUUUAAGUCUGCAAGUUUGUACAGAUGAUAAAAUUCACAUUACCGGCAAAAGAGUGUGAGAUAGCAAUUCUUUUGUUUACCCAUAUUAUGUCAGUGUAUUUCACUUCCCAUUACAUCCAUACUUUCUGUUUUGAAGAAAAUGAGACUAAUUUUGUUUUAAUUUUUCAUUUCGUUCUACAAUGGAUUUUUGAAAUUUAGAAUAGUGAUAAUGAAGAUGAUGAUGAUAGUAAAAAUAAGAUUAAUAACAUAUGAUCACUGAAAAAAUAGAAUAUUGUUUUGAAUAUGUUUAGAUUUAUUUUUUUAGUUUCUUUUGUCUCUAAGUGCAAAAGUAUUUGUAUAAACUUUAUUUAGAAGUGAUUCUAUUUAUUCCCUGUAAUAACAGCAACAAGAUUGCCAUUGGAGUAAGACAGAAUGUCAGAAUGUGAUGUACGUUGGUUUCUACAUCAGUCGUGAACACUGAAACGCCUACCAACACUGUAUAAGCAUGCAUUAUGUGACGUGUACAAUGAAGAUAAAAAGAUUCCUUAUUCGUUUAGUUUUCAAGAGAUUUAUAUUUUAUUAUAUAUGGCAUUAUUUGUGUCAAUUAGUUUAUUUCGCUAUAUUUUUAAUUUUCUCUCACCACUGAUUUCUUUAUUACUCGUUAUUAUUAUUUUUUUGUUUUUCACAUCCAUUUUUACACCUGUGAUUGUUGACUGGAUGAUUCAUAACGAUGGUGCUACGUUGUGUACUUUUAUUGAUUUGGUUUUUAUUUAUUUUCCUUUAAUUUUAUGUCCCAACUUUGCCAGUUUACAGUACUUAUUUCUUUGUACGCUGUUGUACAGCUUAUUAUUGUUGUUUAUUUUCCGCUCUCUUCGCUUGUACUUUUCGUUUUUAUUCAAGGAGAGAUAAAGAGAGUCAGAUACGUAUACUUUAGCUUUAUGAUAGAACUUAAUAUUUUUUUUCCUACUCACUAUUGUUAUUACUAUGAAUAUAUUAUUUAAAGUUAUUUCGAUUGUAUUGUAUUCUGAGAAAUAUUUUAUUUUAUUAUAUACUGAGAAAUUCAGCACAUUGAACUAGUACACACAUUCAGUCAGAUGAUUAUAUACAUGUAUGUACACUCACGAUCACUUAGAAAUGUAAGGAAUUGAAUCCUAUCUUAAACACACACACAUAUAUAUGUAUAUCCUACCUAAUCUUUGUGUGUACACGAUUACCUUGACUUCUUUUGUAAGCUUAUAUAUCUCUGCACAGAUCUGUACUGCUUUCUUAAGAAGUCAAGUUUGUAGAAGAUGAAACGUCAUUUAUUUUGUGCUAAAUAAAUAUGAUUGCUU